AUUCAGUGGUUCGAUCUUGUUUUUCGAAUCGAUUCACUACGAGGGGUCGAAUUUGAUUGUGAAACGAUGGUGAGAGGUUUAUCUGUUGUGGGUUCAUCGGUGGUGGACUCGCAUACUUCCCCUUGUUUGUGUUUGGAUGUUCUGCCCACAACGAGUAUCAAUCUCAAAAGUAGUGGGGAUUUUGUAAUGAGAAAGCAUUCAAUGGGUCGAAAGCGUUUGCCCAAACCAAAACACUUCGAUCUAAGCAGCUCGUUCGUUGAUGCUGGACGGGAAUGGCUGGUCUCGGCGGAUAUGAUAAACAGGAGUUCAAGGAAGCAGCACAAGAACAGAAGACUUGUGGUGAUUGAUGAACUUGGAGGGCAGUAUGAAGAUACCUUUGAUGAUGUUAAAAUGCAAAUACUUAACUAUUUUACAUACAAGGCUGUGAGGACUGUUAUGAACCAACUGUAUGAAAUGAACCCUCCUACUUACAGGUGGCUUUAUGAUUUCGUCUUGUCUAACAAGCCAUCAGAUGGAAAACAUUUCAUUCGCACACUUGUAAAGGAAAGACAGGAUCUUGCUGAAAGAGUAAUGAUCACACGUCUACAUCUGUAUGGCAAAUGGGUGAAGAAAUGUAACCAUGCUGAAAUAUACCAAGAGAUCUCGAACGAAAAUGUGGAAUUGAUGCGUGAACGCCUUAUGGAGACUGUUAUAUGGCCUUCUGAUGACACCAACACAGAGAAGAUUGGGUAAAGAACAUGCGUAGUUUCGAGUUCUCUCUCCCUUGUCGUCGAUCCUUCAUGAUGCAGUCGUUUUUUUGUUGAAGAUGUGUAUGCAGUCAGUCAUUGUAUUGUGUAAGAUGUAUAGAUAUUUAGCCUCCAUUUUAGUUGUUCUGAAGAUAAAAUGUAGCUGGGGUUUUCUCAUAACGAAUGCUUCUAUUUCUAUUACAUGCAUAUCUCGGAUGAGAGGAGCCAGAAUGAGCUAAUAAUGUGCAA